AUGCGAAAAGCGCUUUUUCCUCGGGGGCGCCGCGCCUCCGAAGAAUCCUCGUCCUCGACCUCGAGACCGACGCCGACGACGCCGCGCGCGACGAACGUCCCGACAUCGAGCGGGUUCAACGGCCUCGAGGACCUCGCGUCGCCGUUCGUCAAGAAGCACGACGCGCUCAACGAGGGCAUCGCGUCCUUCUACGACGAGUCCUCGGAGCUGUGGGAAGAUAUCUGGGGCGAACACAUGCAUCACGGGUACUACCCGAACGGAGUCGCGCGCGCGGACCACCGCCAGGCGCAGGUGGACAUGGUCGACAACGCGCUUGAAUGGGCGGGGGUGACGGACGUGAAGCGCGCGUUAGACGUCGGCUGCGGCAUCGGCGGCGGGUCGAGGCACCUCUCGAGGAAGUUUGGAUGCGCCGCGACGGGCGUCACGCUCUCCCCGGUGCAGGCGGCGCGAGCGAACGAGAUAACCGCGGACGCCGCGGACGUCGACGAGAGUCUCGUGCGCGUCCAGGUCGCGGACGCGCUUCACACGCCGUUUGAAGACGCCGCGUUCGACCUCGUGUACAGCAUGGAGAGCGGCGAGCACAUGCCGGACAAGGAGGCGUUCGUGAACGAGCUCGCGCGCGUCUGCGCGCCCGGAGGCCAGAUCCUGAUCGUCACGUGGUGCCACAGGGUCCUCGACGCGAGCGAAAAAGAGCUCCCGCCGGACGAGAGGUCGCUGCUCGAUCGCAUCUGCGAGGCGUACUACCUCCCGCCGUGGUGCUCGGUCGCGACGUACGAGAAGCACUUCGCGAGCGCGGGCUUGGUGGACGUUCGGACGGAGGACUGGAGCCGCGAGGUGUCGCCGUUUUGGCGCGCGGUGAUCGAAACCGCGCUGACGUGGCGCGGCGUGAUCGGCCUGCUGAAAGCCGGCCCGAGCACGAUUCGCGGCGGGCUCGUGAUGCCGCUCAUGAGCAAAGGGUUGAGGGACGGGACGAUCAAGUUCAACCUCAUCACCGCGAGGAAGCCGUGACGCGUGACGUCGAAGACGACGAGUCGUCGGUCGCGCGAUUGUUAACGAUUGCGUGUUGUAUUCUUUCUCGAUUUGCAUUCUC